UGGUAAGUAUCGAGACCCAGCUCAUGACUCAUGUAACAAAAAGUUGCGAAUAGGAUCUUUUGAAACUAAAGUACCCCUUAUUUGCUAUAAUUUUCGAGGAUAUGAUUCUCAUCCACUUAUGAAAGUUGUAAGCAAGUUCAUAGCUGAUAAGUUAAAAUAUAUUCCAGAAAAUAUUGGAAAGUAUAAGGCCAUGGAUGUUGGACUUGAUAAAUUAGUUGAAUGCCUAGAUGGAAAGCUCGAAAAAUUCCCCUUAACUGUCAAACAUUUUACUGAAAAAG